CACCCUCGUUCUCACUUCCACUUCCACCUCGUACUCGCUGCCAGCAUGGGUCUCGCUGGUCCCAAGCGCAAGCAACGUCUAGUCGGUGCCGCAUCUUCACGCAAUGCCAACUGGAUAGGCGACGCCACUUUGCCUGGCCAAAGGCUCCUCUCCCAGAUGGGCUGGCAGGAGGGCCAACAUCUGGGCACCGAAGCCUCCAAUGGCAGGACAGAGGCGGUGAAAGCCAUGUUUAAGAUGGACAACAAGGGGAUUGGAAGCCAUCGCGCUGAGAAGGAGGCUAGAGCAAAGGGUUUGCCUGGCCCAGGGAUGGACAGGUGGAUUGGCGGUGGGGGCGAGUUGGGCGGAUUGUUUGACAGGCUGAAUGCUGGCGCUAGUACAAGUGCAAGUCCCGUCCCAGAGGCAAUUGUCGCCGUUGAGACGGCGCCCUCAGCAGGGGAGAAGAAGGAGCGCAAGAGCAAGAAGGACAAGAAGAGGAAGCGCGAUGAAAGGGCAGCCACUUCGUCCAGCUCAUCGAGCGAGGAUGAAGACGAGACGCCAAAGAAGGCAAAGAAGUCCAAGUCCUCUGGUGACGACGGCGAGCGCAAGGCCAAGAAGGAGCGCAAGCGCGCAGAAAAGGAGGAGAAACGUGCAAGAAAAGAGGCAAAGAAGAGAGCAAAGGCAGAGGCGCUAGAAGAGGUCAAGGCGGCUCCUACACCGGCGGUGAUACGCAAUGCCUCACGAGCCAAGUAUCUUCGGGCCAAGUCUCAACUCCGAGGCGACAUGAUCAGCAUGAACGAGAUUCUCGGCAUCUCAGCAAGUAAUAGCCCCGCAGCUUCACCAUCCCCAGCGCCGAUAGCAUCCCCAGCCGCAGAUAGCCCGGCGCUUACUCCGGUCGUGGAGCCCACUGACGAGGCAUUGUCCGCCAGGAAGGAGGAAAAGAAGAAGGCCAAAGAGGCGGACAAGGCUGCAGCGAAAGAGGAGAAGCGUGUGGCAAGGAAGGCGGCCAAGGAAACGAACAAGAAAGCCUCUAAAACAGCUGCUGAGGGUGAUGCCGAAGCAAAGCAACCUGCACCAUCAUUCAACACCGUCUCCUCCCUCUCGGUGCACGAGUACCUCACUCGCCGCCUCAUGCUGCGCAAAGCUCAGGUCGCACGGGCGAAGAAGGCGGAUCAGGAGGCGGUCUGGGGCCGCUUGAAUGGAGGGCAGGGAGUCGGAGUGAUGGUAGAGUGAUGCAAUGAAGUCAAAGUGUAUUAUCUGGCGGACUUGUCACGGAAAAGCAUUUGCAUAGCCUUC